CUCCUCACCUGCACACAAGGCUCCCCGUACCAGCUGAGAUGUAUCUGCAUUCCCUCUCCAUCUUCGCCUUCUCCUCCGUCCCGUUUGAUUUUCCUUCCGCAUGGCGCGCAGGCUAUAAAUUCGAGGCAGCCUCUGCAGAGCUCGAUCUCUCUCGCUCUCGUUUCUCUCUCCGAGGCAUACUAUUUCUCAGAUUUUUCGUCUGUUUGCAUCAGAUUUCACGGAGAGCUGUUUCGUUUCCGUCUGAAUCUUGAGAAAUAUCUUGGGCUCUCCAGCUUGAUUUCUCUGCCGUUUCCUUGAUUUUCUUUUGCGGCAUCGAAAAUACCAAUCGACUCAUUGCACCCCCCCCCCCUCCCCUUUCCCCUGAUUUUUCGUUGAUUUUUAUUGGUUCGAAUUGUCGCUUCUUCGACAUCAAAGUUUCCUGGCUUGAUAAUAUCCAAUCGGAUAGGCCCUUCCCCCUCUCCAUUUGGGAAAGAGAAAAGGGGAGAGAUCCAAAACUCGUCGGAAUUCCCUGAACUCAUCGGUUACCCUGGUUCUGAAAAAUAAUCCGAUGGGGGAUGUGUCGUUGAACCCCCAGCCGUUGAUCAACGACGAGCCGCUGACCCUGCCCGCCAGUGCUGCCAAGCAGGAUGUUCAAGUUCGGGACUUGAUGUCAUCCGGAUGGACAAAUGAGCAGCACAGCUCCUACAUAAGCUCCAUGGAGGCAUCCUUCGUGGACCAACUAUAUGGACAUCAGAACCAUGGGAUUCAUGCAAAUAAGAAGCAUCUGGGCAACAAUGGGUUCAAGGUGAUCCAAGAGGGUGUUUGCAAGAAUAUCAGGUUUGAGAGGAACCAACCUCGCACGCGUGAUGCUGGAAUGAACUACCUUCCUGAGAAUCCAUGGGUCAGGCGUUUUAGGCCACGCAGUGCUGGUGUGAGUCGCCGUGAUGAUUGUGCCGAAGCUAUGGCUGAUGAUUACGGGUCAGGAACAGACACGGUCCGAGAGAAGGUCAGGAUGCAUGGGGGAGAAGUGAAGCCUUGUGCCAGACAAAAUCUUAUUGGUAAAAGCAAAGAAGUCUCUGAUCAAAAUUUUGCCGAGGAGGAGGUUGAUGCUAGUAACGAACCGUGCAAGAAACAGAGGCCUACUUCAUCCAGUGGGGCACCAAAUGACCCGGGAACGUAAUGGGCUCAAUAAUCCAGAUCUGUUGUUGUUUUGCUUUUCUUCUGGAAAAGCACGAGCUGCUACAAAAGCUGGUGAAAUCCAAGGCGCUCCAAAACCUGAAGGAUGUCAUGGAAGACAUGUUCUGGGAUCUUGCUGAAACACUGUUACAGGUGCUAUUUGAAGUCUUAUGGCGGCGCAAACUGAAUUAUAUUCUGCAAUUGCUCUCUACCGCGGUCCGUGGUCUAUUUUUGCGGCGUGAAGGGCUGUGCUCGUAGGAUGUAUCUUCACUCCGUAGGUGAAUUGCCUGGUGUUUGUUAAAUCAAUUCGAUUUUUGUGCUAUUGGAGCAAAUUCGUUUGGUGAAUUUGAGCUGCUACUGCCUGCAAAGUUUAUGUUAACAUCCAUACCUUCCACGGCAUGGAAAAUGAUUCAAAUGUUGUUAGUCCUUUCAGACUUUGUGCAAACCUCUCAAAAGAAAUGACUUUCUGCAACCGCUUUUUGUAUCGUUU